AUGUUGAAAUAUUUUGUUUUGAGCGUAUUCCUUUUGGCUUUAACCUGGCAGGCGGAGGGGAAUAACUUCAACAAUACAGACGGCAUCAGCAUACCCCAGCCCCAUUAUGCCCAACUUAGAGUUAGUGCCAAGACCUAUACAUUUAUUUUCACACCCGUCAACUGGUAUACGGCCGUGGAGAUAUGUAAUUCCCAAAAUAAAGUUAUAGCCAGUAUAACCAGUGCUGAAGAAAAUCGGAAACUAUACAACGCUUUGUAUAAGAAACGUCUCUUACACAGUAGAUUUGCAUUUUGGUUAGGCGCUACAGAAUUGGGUCACAAUGGUCGCUGGUCCUGGAUUAAUACGGGACGUCCACUUUUAUACACCAACUGGGCAGCCAGUGAACCGAAUAAUGGUAUCAACAAAGAACAUUGCCUGCAAUUGCUAAGUGAUGGCAAAUGGAAUGAUUAUGAUUGCGAUAGUCGGCAUCGAGUUGUAUGUCAAAGUCGUCCUAGUUGUCAAAGUUAA